GGAGCUUUGCUAUCAAAGUCUGAGGGACACGUUGUGAAAGUUCUGACCAUUCUUCACACGACUUUCUUUCUGAUCUCUUCCGGAGUUUAGCAUGGGAGCUUCUCAUUCUGGACGAGUGCAUAUGUUCCAUGAUCUGGCUGAUAAAACUGGCUUUUCCAUAGAGCAGAUAAAUAACCUCCAUAACAGAUUUAUGUACCUGACUCAAGAUGAAGACACUUUAAGACGUGAACACCUUGAGAAUAUUAGCAAUUUGGCCCUCAACCCAAUCCGAAGACAGAUCAUUGAGGCUUUCUUUGAUAAAAGGAACUUGGGUGAAAAAGAGAAGGGCUGUCUGCAGGAGAUCGGUUUUGAGGAAUUCGUUACUGUCCUGUCCUUCUUCAGACCACCCAAACCACACACUGCUGACGAAGAGAUGAAAAACAUCAAGAAGGAGAAACUACGCUUUCUAUUCAACAUGCAUGACACUGACAAUGAUGGCGUCAUCACGCUGGAUGAAUACGGACGUGUGGUGGAGGAGCUGCUGUCUAGCUAUGAAACCAUAGGAGCAGAAACCGCCAAAGCCAUUUCAGAUGCUGCAAUGCUGGAGGUGGCGAGUGUCACAGUGGGUCAGAUGGGUCCUGAUGAAUUUUAUGAGGGAAUCACCUUUGAACAGUUCAUGCAGAUAUUGAAAAAUGUAGAGAUCGAGACCAAGAUGAAUAUUCACUUUUGGAACUUGGACACCAGGACGAUGCAAUGUGGGAAAUGAGUCACUUCUGCUUCACAGCAGCACUUUAUUUUAGACCUAAACAUGUCAAAUUUGUCUCAUGGAUUCAACUCUUAGUAUUGAGUUCUUUCUCUGAAAUAUCUUAAAUGCUUAAGAUAUGGAGGCAGUGAACAUGAGUCAGGAGCAAACCAAACGUGCAAAGUAUUUCUAUAUAUUUGGAAGACAUUUAUCAACCACAUGAAGCCCGGCUAUUUUUGUGACUUCAUAUAUUCACAUAUGUACAAUGCAAGGCAUUUUGAUUCAUACAUACUUUCAGAUGCUAUGUAACAGUGGAAUUGAGCCAUGCGAUCAUAAAUUUCCCUUCUGAGCAAAGUGCUGAUUUUAUAAUGGAGGAAGUCUUGGAAAUCAACAGUCAAACCGGUGCUUAAACACUCCACACCCAAAGUUAAUGAAUCCACAAAUCUUAUCAAUCACCUCAAAAACAGCAGGAAGUGAUUGUUUUGUUGCCCGUGUGCUUUUGCCCUCUUAUUACAAUAAUAUAUCUGGCUUCCUUCCACCAAAGUUAUAUAUUAAUAUGUAUUACAGAGGUG